UGGGCAACAUGACGAUGUGACCGCAAUGGGGAAGCACUACUGCAAGAUGUGUUGCCGCGCUCAUGUCCUCCCACACAUCUCCUCCAUGCACGAGCCGUUCGACGCCUCUUCGGUCCCCAACUUCACGUGGUCUACAGUGCAGCUCGCAGAUCUUGAGCCGGGAAGCAUGAAGAGGGCGGGAAGCGUCGAGUUGGUUGGGGUGGACUCCGACUUCUCGCAAGAGCAUACCAUCGUCAAGAUCCAGCUUGAUGUGCAGUCGAGUAUCGUCACAGACCAUGGCUUCUGGACGAGAGUGUUUGAGGGGAGGAUGAGCGACGGGAAGAGAGUGAUCUUGAAAGUGUACAAGCAGCAGGCCUUGUUCUCGCAACGGCAGGUCUUCGAUAGAUUUCAUAGGGAGCUGCUCGCUCUGGGCACGCUGGGAGAACACAGGUGCUUCGUGAAAUGUCUUGGGUUUGGUUUCACUUGCGAUCUCUGGCCCUUCCUUGUCCUUGAGCAUGCAGGGAUGCCAUUGUGCGACCUCCUGCCAAAGUCAAGGCUGAACCCAAGGGAAAUCUCGCGUCAGUUGCUGCGAGCGGUUGAGAGCGCGCAUCUGCUGGGUCUCUGCCAUAACGAUCUCACUCUAGACAAUGUCCUGAUCCUUCCCCUGGAGAAGCCCAAGUUGGGACGAUGGUAUAAGAAGAAAUCUUUGAGGAUCCUGGUGAAGAUUAUUGACUGGAACAGCGUGGAGGACGCGAGCUGUGUGUUCGAAGCUGGUUCAGCGAGGGACGAGCACUUGUGCGUAACAGAUGUUGGAGGAGAGAAUAUCAACAUCGAUGAAGCUGAAAGGAAUCCCAUAAUACGUGACUGUCAGGCUGCUGGUAACAUCGUGCUGAGAUGUUUGGAUAGCAAAGAGCAUGAAAGGGUCUUCACCUCGUGUCAUCUUGGGACUCUGAGAGAUUGGAAUGCAGCGGCGCAGAAGAUUCUGAGCUCUUCGUUGAAAGAAGACUUGCGAUCGAUGCUGAGCAAACUUUUCGAUCCGAGGUGUAUGAAGAUCGAAGGCGACAGGGUCGUCUACCCAAUCUCCCUGGCAGGAAAAAUCCUGUAA